AAGUGAUGUCAGCGAGGGAGGCGGAGCUGGAGCGCGAAUGCGCGCGGGGCGUUGCGAUUCUGCCUGGUCCUGCGGGGCCGUUGGAGCCUCUCCCGGGCCGGAGGAGGGUUUGUGCCCUUGGAGCUCUGGGCAUGCGCAGAUCGCGGUGGGAGAGACCUUCAUUAACCGCCCCGUGCGCGGCCCAGGCUCCGCCCCUGCUGCGGAGCUGCAGCCUCCAGGCUGCAGAAUGACGUCCAUGUUUCGCUCCAGCUCAUCCCAUCCUCCCACGGGAGAGGGAAGAGAAAUGGCUCCAGAGGAGCCUGUUCAGAGGCCAGUGACCUUUGAGGAGGUGGCUGUGUAUUUCACCGGGGAAGAGUGGGCUCUGCUGGACCCUGCCCAGAGAGCUCUCUGCAGAGACAUCAUGCAGCAGAACCAUGAGAAUGUGACGUCACUGGACCAGAGAAGCAGCCGCUCGCCAAAAUGGACCCCCCGCCUUCCCUCCACACGCCGCCUCUCUCCUCAAGCAAACAUUAGCUGUGAGUGUUCCAAAGGGAGCCCCCCUGCCUCCCUCUACUCAUUCACAGCAAACAGUAGCUGUGUUUGGUUUUUUGAUAAGCAGCUCCCGGAGCCCGGAGUUCACAACAAAACAAAGAGAGGCAUCACAACAAGACAAGGAGAGGAACCUUCACUUAAAAGGAUUAUGGGGAGUUCUUCUUCGAGUGCUUGCUCAUAUCGAUGCCAAUUAGGUGUUGUUGUCAGAGGUGUUGUCAGAUGCUACUGGUGUGGUGCUCUGCUCUGCUCUCUCCUUGUUGGUAUCACUCGGCUGCAUGCGUGUGUUCCCUCUUGUGCUGCCCCAGCUCUGCGCAAAUAGCUGACACAGCAGACCCAAAGAGAACCCCCCAAUGACCACAGAGUCUAGUAAGGUACGAAGGCACGUCAGCCAGGUUUGUUGCCAUAUUGGACACAACGAUAGUUCCCCCUAGAUUGUUACUCUAUAGGGCAUACUACUACUAUGUGCCCACGAUCGAUGGACUCGGCUCAGUCAGUGGCGGGACUUUCCACUGCCCCCUCGGCCGGACAAAGACACCGCCCCAGGGAUGCAUUCUUACACACAGGUACAAACAAGUUACACAUCACUUCUGACGUAUUG